AUGGCGGGGCAGAUCCUGCGCCGUGGGGAGGCCGAGCCCCCCGGAGCCGUGCCCGGGGCGGGGAGCUGGGUCCAGGCUCCCGCCCUCCAAGAGCACGGCCCCAGGCAGGGGAGAGCCGGUGGGGCUGCUGCUGACCCCUCGGCCCCCGGGCAGGUGGACAUCGAGCAGCUGGACCCCCGGGGCCGCACGCCACUGCACCUGGCCACCACGCUGGGCCACCUGGAGUGCGCCCGCGUCCUGCUGAAGCACGGCGCUGACGUGGGCAAGGAGAACCGCAGUGGCUGGACGGUGCUCCAGGAAGCCGUGAGCACCCGGGACCUGGAGCUGGUGCAGCUGGUCCUGCGUUACCGCGAUUACCAGAGAGCUGCCAAGCGCCUGGCGGGCAUCCCCAUCCUGCUGGAGAAGCUGCGCAAGGCCCAGGACUUCUACGUGGAGAUGAAAUGGGAAUUCACCAGCUGGGUGCCCCUGGUCUCCAAGAUCUGCCCCAGCGACACCUACAAGGUGUGGAAGUGUGGCCAGAACCUGCGCGUGGACACCACCCUGCUGGGCUUUGACCACAUGACCUGGCAGCGGGGCAGCCGCAGCUUCGUCUUCCGGGGACAAGACACCAGCGCGGUGGUGAUGGAGAUCGACCACGACCGGCGCGUGGUGUACUCCGAGACGCUGGCCCUGGGCAGCCACGACCGCGAGGUGCUGCUGGCUGCCGUGCAGCCCACCGAGGAGCAGGUGAUGGGGCGGCUCACGGCGCCCGUCGUCACCACACAGCUCGACACCAAGAACAUCGCCUUCGAGAGGAACAAGACGGGCAUCCUGGGCUGGAGGAGCGAGAAGACCGAGACGGUGAACGGCUACGAGACCAAGGUCUACGGCGCGUCCAACGUGGAGCUGAUCACGCGGACGCGGACGGAGCACCUGUCCGACCAGCACAAGGGCAAGAGCAAAGGCAGCAAGACGCCGCUGCAAUCCUUCCUGGGCAUCGCGGAGCAGCACAUGGGCCACAACAACGGGACGCUGAUCACGCAGACCCUGAGCCACACCAACCCCACGGCCAUCACGCCCGAGGAGUACUUCAACCCCAGCUUCGAGCUGGGCAACCGCGACAUGGGGCGGCCCAUGGAGCUCACCACCAAAACGCAGAAGUUCAAGGCCAAGCUGUGGCUGUGCGAGGACCACCCGCUGUCCCUGGGCGAGCAGGUGGCGCCCAUCAUCGACCUCAUGGCCAUCAGCAACGCGCUCUUCGCCAAGCUCCGCGACUUCAUCACGCUCCGCCUGCCGCCCGGCUUCCCCGUCAAGAUAGAAAUCCCCAUCUUCCACAUCCUCAACGCCCGCAUCACGUUCGGGAACCUCAACGGCUGCGACGAGCCCGUGAGCUCCCUGCGCCGCAGCCCCAGCAGCGAGGCCCCGUCCCCCAGCAGCGACUCCUCCAGCGUCAGCAGCUCCAGCUCCCUGACCUCAUGCCGGGCGUGCGAGAUGGACCCAUCACUGUUCGAGGUGCCACGGGGGUACAGCGUGGUGGGCAGCCACCCCGACACCACACGGGAGGACGACGACGACCUGCUGCAGUUCGCCAUCCAGCAGAGCUUGCUCGACGCCGGCAGUGAGUACGACCAGGUCACCAUCUGGGAAGCACUGACCAACAGCAAACCGGGCACACACCCCAUGUCCCACGAGGGCCGCCGAGCAGACAAGACUCCCCAGCACACGCCGCCCCCCCGGCCAGCCGCCCCCCAGCCGCCACCGCCGGCGAGUGGGGGUGGCGGAGGACCCAGCCCUGCGCUGGGCAGCUACGACCAGCAGUUGCGCCUGGCCAUGGAGCUGUCGGCGCGGGAGCAGGAGGAGGCUGAGCGGCGCACGCGGCAGGAGGAGGAGGAGCUGCGGCGCAUCCUGCAGCUCUCACUCACCGAGCAGUAGCCCUGCGCCGGCGGCGGGCUCACCCGCUCCUGAGCGGGGCAUGGGGGCCCCCAUGCUGCGCCGCAGAAGGUGGACGAGACGUAGGCUGGCCCGACAGCACACUGAGCCACGCGGGGACCACGCCAGCAGGACAAUGGGUGGGGGAUGCUGGGGCUCCGCUCUGGCCUGGCCCCCCAUGCACGUGCUGGCCGCGGUGCUGGUCCCAGAGCCCCCUACCCAGCUGGGGUGGGUCCUGCUGGGUUUGCAGGGGACGGGAACAGACAGGGCCAGGCCGGGUUCAGCUCCUGGAGCUGCUCCCGGCCCUGGGGGGCAGGACGCAGUGGGGAGGGGGGGCAUACCCCAGUGCUCAGGGCAACGAAGCAGGAGUCCAGGGGGCUGCAGGCAGCAGGGACCGUGUCUGACUCUCCUGCGCCGCAUGGGCAGGGGCUUCUCUCCCCAGCAGCUGCAAACUGGGGCCCCCGGCCGACCCGCUCACCCCUGCACCCUAUAGCACACUGGCUCUCGGGGCAGGGAUGCCCCGGGGCUGCCACCUCCCCCGGCCACUAACUGUGCACUGAGCCCACGGCCCCCAGCCCAGCCUGGCGCAGGGGGACGGUGCGAGUCCUGGGGCCGCCCCACGCCACUGGCGUUCCCCAACACGGCCGCUCCAACAGCAUCAAGUGCACUUACCCAGGAGCCACCAGCCCUGCCGGGCACUGCCCCGGCUGAGGGAGCCACCACUGCCCGGGAGCCAGUGCCCAGGCCAGCCAUCGCCUGGCGUCCCCGGGGCAGCCCAGUGGGGCAGGGCAGGGGCAGGAGGAGCUGAGGGCACCCUGGGCAGAGGUGGGGUGGAGUCUCUGGGGUGCCCCAUCCUCUCCCCGCAGGGGCUCCCCCACAGUGCCCAGCAUCCCCACAGGCCCCUGCGGCAGCACACCCCCGAUAAACCCGAUGUCAAAUGGUGCUAACUCCCACAAAUGCCCUACGGGCCAGGGCCGGCUCGGAGGCUGCUGGGCCCAGGGGCCGUGAGCCCUGCAGGGAGCCGGGGCAGGGGUGCAGGUCCUGGGGGGCGAUGCUGGGGCAGGGACUUUUCUUAACUAACCCUCCCGCACCAGGAGCAGGCCAGGACGCUCGGCCGUGAGAGCAGGGCCCCGGUGGUCACCAAUAAACUGUCUUUCCCGUG